ACUUCAGUGCAUUAUUUGCGGUCUGACAAAGCGCGAGCCAAGUGGAACAUAAAUAAAAUGCAGUUCUACAUAUUCAUUUUGAUUGGAAUUUUUGGCCUGCAAUCAUGCGAUGCUCUUGCCGUUUUCGAUGACAGAGGAAGCCUGAAUAUCAGCGCCAGCUGUCCGGACUCCUUUUGUACACUAAGUGAACGACUGGAGGCCUUCUCAGCAACUCCAGCUUAUGGACUCCGGGAGCUGCACCUGACGAACUGCAGCCGCCAGUCGAUCACCUGGCGGGUGCUGAGCCUAACGCCCGGUCUCCGGACCUUGGUCAUCCGGAACUGCGCCUCCUAUCACCUCAGCAAGGAGAGCUUGAGGCCCGUGCGGAACCUCACCUCCCUGCAGAUGCAGCACACCAGUCUGGGAGUCCUCCGGGAUGAGAUCUUUGCCACGGUGCCCCGCUUGGAGAUCCUGGAACUGGGUCAAAACAUCAUCCACACAGUGCACAUAGGCGCCUUCAAGGGCUUGUCCCGAUUAAGAUUGCUGGGCCUGCAGGGCAAUGGCAUUCAGGAGAUCCUAAAGGGUACCUUUGACCCCCUGGUGGAGCUAGUGCAUCUGGAUUUGAGCAGCAAUCAGCUGACCAGCUUGCCCCAAGAUAUCUUCGCUAAAAACACCCAGUUACAAACCCUUCUCCUGAACGAAAACCUAAUGAAGACCCUACCCCCUGAAGUGCUUAGCUCCUUGCCCAAUCUUCGGCUGCUCGACUUGGGCCAUGCUGGGGAGCUGGAUAUUCUGACGCUGGACCUUCACAAUAUCGAGCACUUGGUAAUGGAGGGCAGUAGUCUGUCUAGUUUGGUCUUAAAUGGAGGCUUUAUGAGACUGCACGCAACGAACAAUGAGCUGAGUCAUCUGCAGGUGGGAAACAAAAGCUCGGUCAUCGAAAUGGAUCUGCGUGGUAACUUAUUGAAUGGAAAUGAAACCGCCAGCUUGCUAAGAGGCAUGUGGAAUCUCGAAAGACUGGAUCUGUCCAAGAAUAACAUUGAAGCACUGCCGCUACACGGCAGUGGAUCGGAUGAUUCGGACUCCCAGGAGCUGUUUCUCCUACCCAGCUUAAAGUACCUGAGUUUGGCCCACAACCGUUUGGUUCGCCUGCCUCCGGAUUCACCACUUCUCUCACCCCGUCUCAACGUUUUGGACUUGUCCCACAAUCUAAUCCUAAACCUGGAUGUUGAGAUCUUGCGAGGUCUGCCUGUUCUGACGGGUCUGUUCCUGGAGGGAAAUCGCUUGAGCACCUUCGACUACCAGCUGCUUCAUCAGCAGCACGAGGGGCUCGAGGAGCUGGGUCUGCACCAGAAUGCCUGGUCACCUGGUCUAUACCGCAAGAUGUUCGUCUACCUCAGCGAUCGCGGAGUUCACCUGCAGGCGGAGAUCCCAAAGAGCGAUCCGAAGGGCAGCAGUCCGGCGGACAUCGAUUGGCCGCCAACUGGGAGCCAAGCGGAUGCCCAGAAAAUGGAUCCACCGGGAGUGUCGGGCAUACAUCCCUACUGGACCCUCAGGGAUAUCCUGGCUUUCACCACCCUUGUGGUGGUGAUGCUCAUUUUGCUGAUGAAUCUGUAUCACAUCCUGGAGGAAGAGGGCUGCCUGCGUAGGUUUCGCCGCUGGAGGAGGUCAACCGCCCUAGGAGUAGGCCCUUCCAGGACACGGGAAAGCGGACGCCGCCUCGACGAGCAGGACUCCGAACACAGCUCCAGCGAAUAGAUGGGACAGGCUGCCAAACAAGCUGCUCCGCAAACCAAAUAAACGCCAAUUUGAUGUCAAUUUAGCGCUAGUCUUUCCUCUUUUCCCGGCGUGUUGUGGCUAUAUCUGGUGCUUCCUUGCUUGUUUGAAGCUAUCAUCUGCUACCCUGUACUUAUCAUUGUUAGCGAAGUAUGCUGUGCUAGGAUAUAUCUCAAGAAUGCAAAGGAUUUUGGCUAAUAUUUAAUGAUAAAUAAAAUUCAAAUACGCCUUGAAAUAGAUACAAAAUUUAGGAUUAGGUUUGGGUUCUUAAAAGUUGUAAAAAAAAAAAUAUAUCAGCUUUGUAAUCAGGCUAAUGAAUGAUAUACUUGCAAAUAAAUA